AUAAUAGAUACUCCAUAGAAAUGAAAAAUCCAGGAGAAACAAGAGUUGAAUAGACACAAAAAGAAGAAACAGCCAAACCAAAGAGGAAUUAGAGUUGAAGGAAGAGGGAUGGCACACUCCAUUGCGAUUACCUCAAUAGAUAACCAAAUUCCACUGCUUCAAACUGAAAAAGAUGAGAUAGAAGAAGGGAGGAAAGUGGAUCAUAUAAUCGACCUAAAGGAUUUAGACAAUUUGUCUAUUAAAUCGUGCACGAUAUUCAAAGUAAACGUGUGGCUACGUGAAUCAAAUCCAGAUGCUUAUACACCAAAGAUGGUCUCUAUUGGUCCUUACCAUAAGAAAAAUCCUCAACUUGAUUCAAUGGAAAAGUACAAAAAAUUGUACCUAAGACGAUUUCUUCAACGAAAAGAGGGGCUUGAUGUGAAAAGUUGCAUUAGUGAAAUGGUGAAACUGAAGAAGGACGCACUAGAGUGUUACGACGAUAUGAAAGACCUCGAUACUAAAAUGUUGUUGCUUGAUUGUUGUUUUGUGGUUGAGUUUAUUCGAGAGCGUUGUCAAAUGCAUCCAGAAGAUUACAUUUGGCAUAUUAAUGGUGAUUUCAUAUUCCGAGACUUGAUGUUACUAGAAAACCAACUUCCUUUCUUUGUCCUACACCAACUUUAUCUCAUGACAAAGCAAGGUGAUGAUAAACCAUUGGAAGAACUGGUGAGUGAUUGGUUUGGCUCUGUUAUUGGCUUCCCAGUUCAUUAUGAAUGCAUUGAAAAUAUCAAACAUUUACUUCAUCUACUACACAAAUAUUCAUGUCAAGGGAUUACCAAGAAAACAUGUCUUGGGAAUACCAAGAAAGAGACAAACAAAUACAAAAUAUGGCUACACAAAUAUUCAUGUCAAGGGAUUACCAAGAAAAUAUGUCUUGGGAAUACCAAGAAAGAGCCAAACAAAUACAAAAUAUGGCAAAUGCCAAAUGCAACAGAGCUUUCCGAAGCUGGAGUUAGCUUUUCCGAGAACAGUAAUAUGAAAAGUUUAUUCGAUAUAAAGUUCGAGAGGGGAUUGAUGACAAUCCCUUGUCUUCAAGUGGACGAUGACACGGAAACCAUCCUGCGAAAUCUCAUUGCUUAUGAGCAACAAUCAUCUGGUGUACAUCCUAUAUAUUUCUGUGAUUAUGCAAUAUUCAUGGAUCAACUUAUAAACUCAGACAAAGAUGUGAAUUUGCUUCGCCAAGAAGGAAUCAUAGAGAACCUUUUAGGAGAGGACAAACAAGUGGCUAGCCUCUUUAACAAAAUCGGAAAUGGGGUCACUAUGAAUCAGGAUGUCUUCUAUUACAAAGAAGAAUUCAAAAAAGCAGUUGACCAUUGUAAAAACCCAUGGAACAAAAUGAUGGCAAAUUUGAAGCAAAAUUAUUUUAGUAGUCCUUGGGUAGGAGCUUCAACUGUGGCGGUCAUUAUACUCCUCAUACUCACAGCUAUACAAACUAUUCUGGCUUUCACAGGUUCCGUUAAGUAAGUAGUAAUUAACUCAAUUGUAGUGUUG